AGCGCAACAUAACAGUUUUGUGUAAGUGUGCGACAGUCAAAGAACGACACUCUUAUUAAUUCUUCUUUAUAUUUCAGUAAACAUGUCAUUUCUGCGGUUAUCCAGCAGACAUGCCGUGUUUAAAAGCUCCGCUGUGGAGUCGGUGUUCACAGGGUUUUCACGAGCAGCCAGCGGAGCAGUGAAGGACAAAGAGCCGCUGAAGCAGCCUAAAACCCCGCAGGGACGCUUUGACAGCUCCGAGGAGAAAAGCAGUGAUGUUCUAGAAAAGUUCCCUGAUGAUAUAAACCCUGUCACUAAGGAAAAAGGUGGUCCUCGGGGUCCAGAGCCCACACGCUAUGGAGACUGGGAGAGGAAGGGCCGCUGUGUGGACUUUUAGUUCUUUACUUUUAAAUUGAACAUCUUCCCAGAUGGAGUAUGACAUGAUAAUCAAGCCAUGUGAUAAUCAGGGGCCUCAUUUAUAAAGCUUGCGUAGGUACAGAAACCAAUGUACACGAAAUAUAGUCAACUUUUGGGAUUUAUAAAAACCUAACUUGGCAGGAAAAUGUUUCUACCUCCACGGCAACUCUGACCCAGGCGUAUGCACAGAACCUGGAAAAACAGGAAACGGCGACACCAACAGUCCAGAAUAAAACCAAGUAAAUGAUGUGAAAUGUGAGACGUUUG